CGUUCAUUUAUAUCGGAGCCCAAACAUUUCUACAUUUCUACUACGUACGGAGUAUGAUUUAUUUCCACUGGGGAGUACGCCUUAAACUUUCACCUGCGUCAUUCUCCUAAUCGGAUCUCCGUUCUUCCGCAUCAAGACAGAAGGAGCCUUCAGCCAAGCCUUCCGCAUCAGAUCGGAUCCCCGUCCGCUGACUGCCUUCUGCUGUUCGUCACUUCGUUUGCCUACCCUCUCUUUCUCUCAUUACUGUGCGAAUACUGUUGGGUCAUACCCUCCCCCAGGGUGAGAAAUGGCAAUAACAUCAACUACCACUCUAUCAUUUGGUUUAACCACAUCUAUUGGGCCCAAGAAUGGUCUAGUCUCACAAUCUAAAGCCCUAAAUCUGAAGCUAAACUCUACUAAGGUCUGUUUUAGGAGUUUUGUUGGACUCAAGGCAGCAGACUCAUCAUCUACAAUAAGCUGUGAGUCAUCAUCGUCAUUUUUUGGGAGUGAAAGCAUCACAGCUCUUCUACGCAAACCCUCCUUCACUGCAAAUGCCCAAACAGAAAGGAGAAUCUCUGUUCAACAGCCCCAGGCAUCAUACCGAGUGGCCAUUCUCGGGGCAGCGGGUGGCAUAGGUCAACCACUAGCCCUUCUUGUCAAGAUGUCUCCACUAGUCUCAGAUUUACACCUUUAUGACAUAGCAAACGUCAAAGGGGUGGCGGCAGACAUCAGCCACUGCAACACUCCUUCACGUGUGUCGGAUUUCACGGGACCAUCUGAAUUAGGAAACUGUCUCAAAGACGUUGACGUGGUCGUCAUACCCGCUGGUGUUCCGAGGAAGCCGGGGAUGACACGUGAUGACCUGUUCAACAUAAAUGCAAACAUUGUGAAGACGUUGGUCGAGGCUGUAGCUGAUCACUGCCCUGGUGCCUUCAUCCACAUCAUCAGCAACCCAGUCAACUCGACAGUCCCGAUCGCAGCAGAGGUUCUGAAGCAAAAGGGGGUUUAUAAUCCCAAGAAACUGUUUGGCGUCACAACUCUUGAUGUUGUAAGGGCAAACACUUUUGUCGCUCAAAAGAAAAACCUCAGGCUCAUUGACGUUGAUGUCCCGGUCAUCGGGGGUCACGCUGGGAUUACGAUUUUGCCCCUCUUGUCGAAAACAAAGCCGUCUGCUUCAUUUUCUGAUGAGGAGGUUGGUGAGUUGACUGUGAGGAUCCAGAACGCGGGGACAGAAGUUGUUGAGGCAAAGGCAGGGGCAGGGUCCGCCACACUGUCGAUGGCCUACGCUGCUGCAAGGUUCGUGGAAUCUUCGCUGCGUGCUCUUGACGGGGAUAGUGAUGUGUACGAGUGUGCUUUUGUGCAGUCUGAUCUCACAGAGCUUCCAUUUUUUGCAUCAAGGGUCAAAUUGGGAAAGGAUGGUGUUGAGGCAUUGGUCCCGUCUGAUCUGCAAGGACUGACGGAGUCUGAGGAGAAGGCGUUGGAAGCCCUAAAUCCUGAGUUGAAGGCGAGUAUCGAGAAGGGGAUCAAGUUUGCUCAGAAAGAACCACUUGCUGCUUAGAAAAUUAUGCCUACUUAUUAUUGCCUUACUGGCCAAACGUAUACAAUUAUUUUUUGGGAGUGCAUUGGGACACAGUUUUGCAGACAAGGUGAUGUUAAUGUCUUCCCUUUCCCCCCUUUUGAUGUUUGGUGGAUAAUAAUAAUACAUUCUCAUGUAAUCAUCAGUGUGCCAAACUGUUGAAACAUUCUCCUGUUUGUUGUAUGUUUUUUUCUUCUUUUUGAAGGCUCACUUGGUCAGCACCACUUUUGUAUGAGACCAUCCAUCCUAUGAAACAAGAAGUGUGUCAUUGUUUUCUGUUUUAUAGAUUUUAACUUCGUUUCUUUUCAUAAACUACAGCAAAUCAACCGAUGGCUUAUUUUGUUAUUCUGGGCUCUAAUUAUUAUGGAGUAUAGUUCUUUUGUAAAUAACUAUUUUAAUAUGUUUUAAGCCUAUUACUCCG